AUGGCUGAGGAGGUUAAUCCUGCCACCCCAAAGGCUGGGGACUCAUCAAAGGAUGAUGCUUCCCAACCGGCUGAGGUCACCACCAAGUCCCCAGAAGCAGCACACGCCGACCAAGGCACUGAGAACUCUCCCAAGGCAGACGAGGAUAUGACAGGCAACGAUUCACCGACCGCUACCGGCGACAAGACACAACCUCCAGAGACCACCCAAGAGUCUAAGCCCGCCGAGUCGGGGUCACAAGAACCAGAACCUACAAAUGACAAAGCUGAGGGUAGUGAGGCAGGUCCUGUCGGCGAGGACGAACAGCAGAAGUCAGCGGUCAAUGGGACCCCUGCGUCCACCAAAAAUUCGACCAAACGCAGGUCGACUGGGAUUCCGGAGCACCGUUCCAAGAAGCUGAAUAAAAAGAAGUCUAUGCCCCGCAUUACUCAUCUCGAUGCGCAGCCAGGAGAAUACUAUUUUGCCCGCCUGAAAAGUUACGCUCCAUGGCCAUCAAUUAUUUGCGAUGAGGAGAUGUUGCCCGAAAGGCUCCUGGCCACUCGCCCUAUGUCGGCCAAACUGAAGGAUGGCACAUACAAUGAACAUUAUCAGGAUGGAGGCAAGAAGGUUCAUGAACGGACAUUUCCAGUCAUGUUUUUCCACACCAACGAGUUUGCGUGGAUUCCCAACACUGACCUUACUCCACUUAAUCCGGAAGACUGCAAGAAUGUUCCGGAAAAGGGUAAAUCCAAAAGUUUGCUUGCAGCAUAUCAGGUGGCUGCCGAAGACCAUGGUUUUCAGUACUUUAAGGAUCUGCUAGCAGACCACCAGCGUGCACUACAGGAAGAUGAAGAAGCACGGGAAGAAAAAGCAAAGGCAAAGCGAGAGAAGAAAAAGCGAAAGAGCAUGGACGUUGCAGACGAGCUUGAGGAUGAGGAAAUGGCGGACGAGAGCGCCGCAAAACCGAAGGCCACGAAGAAGCGCAAGAAGGACCUGGAGAGCGAAGGAGAGAGUGACAAGGUCAUACGGGCAGGUAGGCUAACAGGGAUCGACUGGGUGACGCAGCCUUUAAAGACCCCAAAAACAGCCACCAAGCUCAAAUUGACUACCCCCAAAGCCCCGGCGAGUGGCGAGACUGGGAAGAAAGGAACCGCUUCCGCUCGAGCUACCAAAUCCAAGGGCGCCAGCGCCAAAAAAGGGAAGCAGCCUGCUCCCACUUCUAGCGAUGAGGAAGAGGUUGAGGAGGCCCCUAAAGAGCCCGAGCCCGUGGUCAAUCCCGCCGAAGCCAAAGCGAAAAGAGAAAAAGAGGUUUUCUAUCUUCGCCAUCGGCUCCAAAAAGGGUUCCUUUCACGCGACCAGGCUCCCAAAGAGGAAGAAAUGGAAGCCAUGUCCAACUACAUCACGAAAUUAGACUCCUAUGACGACCUCGAAAUUAGCAUCAUCCGCAAGACCAAAAUCGGCAAGAAGUGGAAACAUUGGGAUGAAACCGAGCAAACGGCUAUUGAAAAGAAAGCCAACGGAAUGCACAACGAAGUCAAUGGCAAGGAUGCCAAUAAGGCGCCUGCCGUGAAUGACACCGACGUGCCCAUGCCCGAUGCAGAUGCGAAAGAGGCGGGAAAAGAGAGUGAAAAAGAGCCAACCCCUGCUGUUGCUGAGAAAGCUAACGAAGCAGAACCAGAAGCCAUGGCUACUUGA